ACAGCUAAAUUCACGGAGCGCACUCUAGUGGCAACACAUUUCGACGGGUUACAGAAUUUGGUGGAACACCUGUUCUGCAAAAACAACAACAAACAUGGCGAUUGAUAAACCCCCACCUGUUCAUUUUUGGAGUGAUGAAGAGACAGAGUUCAUGCUAUGUCAGCUGAAAGCGUUAAAUAUUUUGAAAUACAUGGAUGGUAGGAAAACACGGAAUGGCAACCUGUUUAGAAAAGUUGCGGAACACAUGGAGGACGCUGGGUUUCAAAGGACGUCUGAACAAAUCCGUGUUCGGUGGAAGAACGUGAAAAAAGCCUACAACAAUGCCAGGAAAAACAACCAAACCAGUGGCACGACUUCAGUUUCAUGGCCAUACUCCAAAAUACUGAAGGAGCUGCUUGGACGCCGACCGUUGUCUAAAUCCACAGAGGAUGGCGUGGACAUUGGAUCAAGUCCUUCGUUCUCAGACCAAGAAGAGGAGCAGCAGUGUGCCGGUGAUCAGGCCCCGCUGCUGGAGCAGGACCCGCUUCCUCACGAGUCCUCUGACUCAUAUCUAACGUCCUCGCCGACCUCCGAACCCUCCAGUUCUACGUCUCUGUCGCACCAGCAGUUCCAGAUCACCGUCAAAACAGAAGCACCUGAAGCUGCUGGGCAGGACAGUCCCAUUAGCGGAACAGCUAACGGAACAGCUAACGCAACAGCUAACGGAACAGCUAACGGCGAAUUACCGAGACAACGCUCGCAACCGAGCCUGCAGCCAGGGACUCCGACUCCAGUCUCGGCCCCCGCGCGGAGGACGUUCAGCAUGCCGUCGCGGUUCACGUCCCUGAGCCCCUUCGAGGAGCAGCUGCUGGCCGUCCAUCGGGAGCAGGCUGCGGCUAUCCGCGAGGGCUUUCGCUCGCUGGCGCAACAGAACCGACUCCUCUACCAGGAGGUCUGCGAGACCAACCGUAGCGUGGCCCGGAUCGCCUCGGCGGUGGCUGAGAAGGCCGCAAGCUCCUCGGGAACGACCGAAGAACUGAUCCGAGUGCAGCAGAGAAUAAGUGAGAGCAUCGACUCCACUAACAAUCUCCACACGCGGGUGAUUGACUUGCUGUUCUCACAGCAGGAGCAGCCCAUUAUGCUCAUGCCCAGUGAGGAUAAAGGCAUGAAUGUUUGA